CCCACAGAGGUCCGCCGCCGACAGAAUUCGUGGCUCAGAUAUACUUACACACUGCUGAUAGGUGCGAAUUUUCGAUUUCUCUCAAUCCUAGAGCACUCUGAAUUCAAUCCUUCCAUGCAUGUCAUUUUCUACAGAUAAUUUUUCCAGGAAGGCUUAGAGAUCUUCGGUCAUGUUUAAUCCAUUAUCAUACACAUCGAGUGCACUCUCGCAUCCUACAUCGCCCCGCAUAAUGAAUAUUCCUCUAGAAAUUUUGUUGAAAGUAUUUGAAUGUGUGGUUGAGCUCGAGAGAUUCCCCUCGGUGGAAGAUGACGGACCUUGGAGGUUGAUGGGAGUUUGCGCAACAUGGAAAGGAAUCGUACGAGCUUCUCCGAAUCUUUGGGCUCAUAUCACUAUCCUUCACACAAGCCACGAAUUCAUUGACCACACACUCGAUACAUCUCAAAAAAUGAAAGGGCGUCUCAGGACUUCCCUUUUACUCUCGAAGAAUUGGCCAUUGACCAUUACGAUGCUCAGCGUUUCGCCCCUCCUCGAAGACCUGGCCAAAUACUCCGACCGUUGGAAGACCAUUUACAUGGUUGUCGAUCGUCUUGGCUUUCGCUUACUCCAGGAUUUGCAACUUCCAAUACUAGAAAAGUCGACUCUGGUCCUACAGAAUGCCAGGGUUGAGGACGUCUUCGAAGAUUACAUUCGCCUUGAAAUGAAACAUGCGAUAUCACUCAGACAUGCAGCUAUUGCGAUCAGAUCCUAUGCUACCAUUAACGGUCGUCGUCCUCGACUCUUUCUUCCCUGGAGACAACUCACACAUCUGGAGCUGGAUACCCGGCUCAACCAACUUAUCGUCGAUCCUGAUUCAGAAUUGCCGCCAAUCACCCUUCCCGCCCUACAAUAUCUUCACUCAAUCUGCGACCCAAGGGGUCUCACGAACUUCAUUACACCCGCUCUCCGUCGCUUAGUCCUUACCACCUUCAAGGAUCCGCAUCGAGACCGGCGGGUAGAUCAUCAUUGGGGUUUUGAGAAAGUCGUGAACUUAAUCAUACGCUCCGGCUGUCAUAUACAAAUGCUGGAAUUCCGUAUUCCCACAUAUGCGACCACACUUUCUCAUGAAACCGUAACUUCCGUUUUGGAAGUGGCUCCGGAUCUUGUUGAACUCAUAUUUAACGUUGUCCAUGUGCAAAACAUUACCGACGUCCAAUGGUCGGAAUUCGGAACACAUCUUUUGGGAAAUGUGGAGACAAUCACGAUUACCGUGUCAUCAAGGAUGUUGGAUCUGACAUGGGAAUCGUUUCUCCAUACCGAUGUACAUGAAGAAGAGCAGUGGCAAACGGAGUUUAUUCGAGAGGUAGUCGAUACCGAUCCCAAGGUUUUAUCCGAUUACAAUAGGAACGCCGAAUCCUUACUUUCGAUGCUUGAAUGCCUACCUUCGCUCAGACGAGUCGAGAUAAGCCAUGAAUCUUCCGUCUACCUUGAUUGGUUCCGUUCCCCCUCGGUAUUGCACCGAUUAAGACAAUUGGGAAAACGUGUUAGGCUCUCGGUACUGCCGAAUUUGAACUAUUAUGAGACGGACCACGCAUCCAUGAUACAACACUUCAGUUACAAUUUGAAAUGCUUUGCGCAGUUUUGUACUCCGCCUCGAGUCAUCUCCCUCUUCUUCAUCGUCACACUUCUCGGGUCAGUGGUACCCAGAUGAUAGUUUUAUACCCUAUCCAACCAUUACACCUAUUACACGAGUUAUUAUCUAACAUUCUUGAUAUACCCGGUCUUCUGACCCAGGAGGCCUAACUUCCACAUCUCGAAAGAUGAUUGAGAUCUGGUUACCCCUCGCCUGACAAGCAUCCUUGAAGUUCUCCAGCCCAUUCUCCGGUAUCACAUUCUUCAAACUCUUGGCACUGUUCCACGACAGCGAAAUCAAACCCGGCUUCCUUCUUCGCCCUCGCAGCCACCUCUCCCG